AUGCAAUCAUCUUCGCGCAUGAUCGCGAUUUGGAGCCCGUCAAAAAACGCCGCAUCUUCGCCAGUUUCAAAGCUUUCUGUCAGUUUGCAGAAGCUUGAGUGCCAUGACAAGCUCGCACACCAUUGCUCAACCCCCAGAAGACGUCUCAUACUAACGCCUGAGAUGGAAACACCGCCCCCCGCCCCUGGGCCCAACCAGAAAGGUGCUCCCUGCGAGCUAGAGACGCCAACAGGUGACCCGCAGGAGGAGAGCAACAUAAAACGUGUGCGUUUGAGGCUGUCCAGCAUACUCUCCACCGCAGCUUCUGAUCAUGACUCAUCCAAGGAAAAUAGAAGACAUGACCAAACCUCUCCAGCAGGGGGCGCCAGUUUCCCGGGAGAAACGGAGACGCUAGAGCCCAUGGCUUUGGUCUCUUUACGAAGGAUGGUGUCCGGACGAAAAACCCAAUGCCACCACGUCCCAGAGUCAGCCAUCCAAGACCAGAGUCUCAUCGGAGAUUUCAGUAAGCAACAUCUGCUUCCUGUGGAGAGAGUAGGCCGACAGAAUCUGCAGUAUGUAUCUUCACAGACUGUGGCGGCUUUGAUUUCCGGUCGGUUUGGCACCGCGGUGGAAGACUACCUCAUCAUUGACUGCCGUUAUCCUUACGAAUACCAAGGAGGUCACAUCAAGGGGGCAGUGAACCUCCACACUGAAGCCCAGAUCCAUAGAGCUCUCCUUCAGAAUCCUGCACUACCUCAGCUCUCCCCGACCUCAGCUCAACCAGACCUCAGUCCUCAGCAAGAGAACUCUGGCCCGCGCGCGGAGGCUCUGACCACCAGAGGGAGCUCUGGCUCACCACAAACUCCGUCAAGGCAGAGGGAGACUCUGGAAGGGGCGGCAUCACCACGGAAAAUCAUAUUAUUUCACUGCGAGUUCUCGUCCAAGAGAGGCCCACAUCUGUAUCAGUACCUCAGGGCGUUGGACAGGCGUCUGAACGUCAACGUCUACCCUCAGCUUCUUUAUCCAGAGCUGUACCUGCUGCAGGGAGGAUACAAACAGUUUUACGCCUGCUUCCCGGAACUGUGCGAACCUAGAGGUUACGUUCCCAUGCGCCACAGGGGCUACAGAGAGCAGCUGCGUGGAUUUCGCCGGAGGAGACGAUCCCGGCUGUGCCGGAGACGGCCCCUCAGGCCCCACCAGAAGAUGAACGGCUAG